AUGGCUUCCAAAAUCCCCUUAAUCACGCUCGAAGAGCAUUUUAUCGCCCGCGCCAUCACCAAAUACUAUGCGGAACAAGGCGUGGAAACCACUCUGCCGGAAUCCCGUUCCCACCUCAUGACUGCGUUACUCGACGUCGGACCGAAACGCCUAGCAUCAAUGGACGCUGGUAGAGUCGCCAUCCAAGUGAUCUCGCAUCGACCCAACACGAUCCCAAUCCCGCCGGAAGUAUGCUCUGUAGCCAACAACGAGCUGUACAAAGCGAUUAGAUCAUCCCCUUCACCAGCCCGAUUUGCUGCCUUCGCGAUGCUCCCAAUACUAUACCCUGAAGCGGCCGCAAAAGAACUCGAACGCUGUGUGUCGGAACUCGACUUCGUAGGCUCGCUGAUCGACAACACCACAGACGGACGGUUCUACGACGACCCGUUCUUCUGGCCCAUUUUCGCGGCACACGAACGUCUCGACGUACCUGUCUACCUGCAUCCGGUACCCCAUCCCCUCACGGAAACUUCGCCGUUUCACGGCAACUACGCACCCCAUGUGUCGUCAUUCCUUGCCAACCACGGCUUCAACUGGCACUCGGAAGUGGCGCUGCACAUCUUGCGCCUGUUCGCAUCGAAACUAUUUGACACCCACCCGUAUUUGAAAGUCCUGCUAGGCCACAUGGGCGAACUGCUCCCAUACGCGCUCGACCGGAUCCACAAGCUGAUCCAGCGGACGUGGCCGUCCGGGUCGCGUCCCAAGCGGCACCUACUCCAAGUGUGGCACGAGAACAUCUAUAUUACGACGAGCGGCAUGUUUAGCUUGGCGCCGAUGGCGUGCCUGAUCCACAUGUGCUGCGCGGACAAGGUCCUGUAUAGCGUCGACUACCCGUUCUGCAGCAACGAGGAAGGGCUGCAGUUCAUGACUCAGCUGCGUGAUUCGGGUAUGAUUAACGACGAGGAUUUCCUCAGUAUUGCGCACAAGAAUGCCGAGCGUCUGCUUGGGCUACAGGUCACGAAAGACAAUCAUAUGGGUAUGGACGAUCGAGACGAAGGUGGAGCGGAGCAAAUGAGGCGGAAUCGUCCUUGGUUGGCGACGGAUGCGAAUGGCGAUUCGAAUGGGAAUGUCAGGGAUGGCCCGUUCCCGUGCUCGCCUCUCGAGACAGUUACGGAAUGA